CUACCAUGGCCUGUGGGUGUGCCUAAGUGGUGUUCUAAAGGUUGGAUGUGUCUUCCGCUAAGGGGAAACUCUGCCGAAAUUUCGUGGACGCCGACACUUGUGAAAAUAUCGAGGGAGCUGAGUGUGGACAGCAAAGGGGAGCUGAAAUUCGUCAUUUCUCAAGGAGAAGAUGAAUGAGAGAGGAGGAGAUGCUAAUGGAAGAGGAGCUGUACCUGAGAAGACAAGUGAGCAGCCGCCAUCAAAAGUUGAAGCUUUGGAUGGCUCCAACUAUGAGGAAUGGAGCGGGCGGAUGAGGAGUGCCUUCAAACGCUACAAGCUACUGAAGAUUGCUGUUGGGGAGGAGAAGAUGCCGGAAGAAGGCGAAGCACCAGCGGGCAGCAGUGUAUCUCAGCUGCAGCAGUGCACCAAGAUCAUCUCGGUGUUGGACAACUCUUGGGACAACCUCAUCCCCACCCUCAACUCUCAGCAAGAUCAAUGGACACCUGAGUGGCUAAGGCAGCAGAUUUUGCAGGAGGACUUCCGCAGACGCCAUGUGGGAGGCGGUGCUGCCACUAAGACUGCUGAGGGGUAUGAGGAUGUGCAUGGGCAUGGGAGUUCUGGUGGUAGGGGGAGUACCAGAAUGGAGGGCACCUGCAGGUACUGCAAGAAGAAGAGCAAGGCCGAAGUGACCUUUGGACCAACCAGCUGCCGUGCUAAGCUUGGGAAGAAGGUGCUGUGGAGUCUGAAAGAGGAGACCAGCUGCAUCAAGGACCUGUGGCAGCUGCCCAUCAUCCUUUGGAAUGGGCAAAAUCCAACAGCAGCAACGGCAACAGCGGCAAAGGCAACAGCAGGAGGAGAUGCAACUGCACCAACUGAUGGGGUCCUGGAAGCAGUUAAGAAAGUGCAGCAGCAGCAGACACAUGGUGAGGUGCUUGCUGGUGUGGAUGCGAGUGCGGCAUGGGCUAAGGCUUCAUCAAGGAGUGGAGAGGCCGAUUGGGAGACAUGGCAUGAGAGGCUGUGUAAUGUGAACUUCCCUAUGCUGCAGAAAUUGGUGAAGGACGGGAGCCUGAAGGGCUUGGAGGUCAAGGGAGGAGUGAAGGAGAUUGGGAGCUGCCCUACAUGCUUGGAGACCAAGUUCUCCAAGUUCCCCUUCAACAGCACUACAGGACCAGCCAAGACCCCACUUGCACUUGUGCACAUGGAUGUGGUGGGGCCCACAAGAGCCCCUUCCCUCUCAGGCAGCCGCUAUUUCUUGACAAUUGUGGAUGACCACACUCGGUGGCAGCGGCUGUCCUUAAGGAGUGGAUGCCUAGAGCUCAGAGGGAAUGCGGACACAAGGUGAAGGUGAUCCGCAGUGAUAAUGGUGGGGAGUUCAUUGGAGCUGAUUUUGAGGGGGAGUUGAAGAGGAAGGGGAUCCAACAUCAAUUGACAGUGCCCUACAACCCGCAGCAGAAUGGCGUGGCUGAGAGGUUCAACAGGACCCUGUAGGAGGGGGCACGCACUCUCCUUGGGCGUGCAGGGCUGCCUGAUCCGUUUUGGGUGUCU